AUGUCAGCACGUGAUUCGCCUCAGACUGCAUUACUGUUUGGUGUUACGGCCUUUGGCUGUGCCAAUAGCAGAACAACGGCUACGCGGUUGGGUGGCUAUGCAAUGGAAAGGUUGAAUGGAGAAUGGAGGAAGUCCAUUCGUAAUGUGGAUUCCGUCGUGACGAAAGGCGGGCCUCGUUCAUGGAAGUGGGAGGAACUAGACGGAGUGGGUGUGCCCGAGUUCUACUCGCGUUCGCCCAAAAGGAAGGUCCCAACGAGCAAGACCGCGAAGGCGCCCACGCGCAACCGAAGUGCAGAGAUCUUCACCAAGGGAUAUUCAUUGAAAGAGACCACAAGGGACCUAGAAGAGGAUAAGGAAAACAGAGUCCCAGAUUCAUCAACGUGA